AUGAAGGACGAGGACGAGGACGAGGACCCAGGACGCAGGACCAGGACGCAGGACGAGAGACGAGGACGCAGAAACCACCACGAGGACGCAGGACCCAGAACGAGGACGCAGAACGAGGACGCAGGACCCAGGACGCAGGACGAGGACGCAGGACCCAGGACGAGGACGAGGACGCAGGACCAGGACGCAGGACGAGGGACGAGGACGCAGGACCCAGAACGAGGACGCAGAAACCAGGGCGAGGACGCAGGACCCAGGACGAGGACGCAGGACCCAGGACGAGGACGCAAGGACCCAGGACGAGGACGCAGGACCCAGGACGAGGACGCAGGACCCAGGACGAGGACGCAGGACCCAGGACGAGGACGCAGGACGCAGGACCAGCACCAGGACGAGGACGCAGAAACCAGGGCGAGGACGCAGGACCCAGGACGAGGACGCAGGACCCAGGACGAGGACGCAAGGACCCAGGACGAGGACGCAGGACCCAGGACGAGGACGCAGGACCCAGGACGAGGACCAGCACCAGGACGAGGACGCAGGACCCAGGACGAGGACCCAGGACCCAGGACCCAAGAACCCAGGACGAGGACGAGGACGAGGAUGCAGGACCCAGGACGAGGACCCAGGACGCAGGACGAGGGACGAGGACGCAGAAACCACCACGAGGACGCAGGACCCAGAACGAGGACGCAGAACGAGGACGCAGGACCCAGGACGCAGGACGAGGACGCAGGACCCAGGACGAGGACGCAGGACCCAGGACGAGGACGCAGGACCCAGAACGAGGACGCAGAACGAGGACGCAGGACGCAGGACCCAGAACGAGGACGCAGGACCCAGAACGAGGACGCAGAACGAGGACGCAGGACGCAGGACCCAGGACGAGGACGCAGGACCCAGGACGAGGACGCAGGACCCAGAACGAGGACGCAGAACGAGGACGCAGGACGCAGGACCCAGAACGAGGACGCAGGACCCAGGACGCAGGACGAGGACGCAGGACCCAGGACGCAGGACGAGGACGCAGGACCAGGACGCAGGACGAGGGACGAGGACGACGACUACGAGGACCCAGGACGACGACGAGGACCCAGGACGAGGACGCAGGACUCAGUACCCAGGACGAGGACGCAGUACCCAGGACGAGGACCCAGGACGAGGACGCAGGACGCAGGACCCAGGACGAGGACGAGGACGAGGACGCAGGACCCAAGACGAGGACGCAGGACCCAGGACGAGGACGCAGGACCCAGGACGAGGACGCAGGACCCAGGACGAGGACGCAGGACCCAGGACGAGGACGCAGGACGCAGAAACCAGGAUGAGGACGCAGGACCCAGGACGAGGACGCAGAAACCAGGACGAGGACGCAGGACGCAGGACCCAGGACGAGGACGCAGAAACCAGGAUGAGGACGCAGGACCCAGGACGAGGACCCUGGACGAGGACCCAGGACGCAGGACCCAGGACGAGGACGCAGAAACCAGGAUGAGGACGCAGGACCCAGGACGAGGACGCAGGACCCAGGACGAGGACGCAGGACUCAGUACCCAGGACGAGGACGCAGUACCCAGGACGAGGACCCAGGACGAGGACGCAGGACGCAGGACCCAGGACGAGGACGAGGACGAGGACGCAGGACCCAGGACGAGGACGCAGGACCCAGGACGAGGACGCAGGACCCAGGACGAGGACGCAGGACCCAGGACGAGGACGCAGGACCCAGGACGAGGACGCAGGACGCAGAAACCAGGAUGA